AUGGCUGAAUCCCACAAGCCGCAGAACGCAUGGUCAGGCCCCGGGCCAGCUGCUUUCGAUUUCCGCAGCGAUGUCGUGACGACCCCAACGCCAUCCAUGCUCGCAGCGAUCCAAAACACCACCCUCCUCGACGACGUCUUCAAGGAGGACCCCACGACCAACGACCUCGAAUCCUACCUCGCGUCUCGCACGGCGCACGAGGCCGCCCUGUUCGUCCUCUCCGGCACCAUGGGCAACCAGCUCGCGAUCCGCGCCCACCUAACACAGCCACCACACUCAGUGCUCUGCGACUAUCGCGCACAUAUCCUCGAGUGGGAAGCGGGCGGCGUGGCGGCGCUGUGCGGCGCGCUCGUCAAGGGCGUGGUGCCGAGCAACGGCGUCUACCUGACGCUCGAGGACAUCAUGAAGAACGUCGUGCUGGGUGAGGACAUCCACUCGUGUCCGACGAAGCUCAUCUCGCUGGAGAACACGCUGGGCGGGACCAUCAUGCCGCUGGCGGAGGUGAAGAGGGUCGCGGCGUUUGCGAGGGAGCAUGGCAUCAAGCUGCAUUUGGACGGGGCGCGCAUCUGGGAGGCGGUCGUGGCGGGCGCGGGCAGCCUGCCGGAUUACACGAGGGAGUUUGAUAGUGUGAGCUUGUGCUUCUCGAAGGGGCUGGGGGCGCCUGUUGGGAGUAUUCUGGUCGGGAGUAAGGAGCUCAUUAAGCGGGCUACCUGGAUUAGGAAGAGUAUCGGCGGGGGCUUGCGACAGCCUGGUGUCGUAACUGCGGCGGCGCGCGUAGCGGUCGAUGAGACAUUCGGAAAGGGACCGAACGGCGAGGGAGGUCUCUUGAAACAGACGCACAUCACAGCCAAGAAGAUCGCACAGGCCUGGACUGACCUCGGGGGAAAGCUCGACAAGCCGACGGAGACGAACAUGGUAUGGUUCAAUCUCACAGACGUGGGCAUUGACGACGAAGUGUUCUCGGAGCUGGCAAAAGCGAAAGGUCUCAAGCUCUCGGGAGGCAGAUUGGUGGUGCAUUAUCAAAUCAGCGAUGAGGCUGUGAGUAGGCUAGAGGAGUUGAUGAAAGAGGUCUUGCAGAAGAAGGGCACGACGGUCCGGAAACAGAAGGUGGGCGAGAAGACUUAUGGUACAUGA